CUGUUUUAUGAAUUUAUAUUUUGAAACCAAAACAAAAAUUAAAUCUUUAAACUUUAAAUUGAUAUGUUAGAAUUUCAAAAUGUCCCUUACUCCUGGGAAUGUCAGUAAAAUAAGUCCAUAUGCUACUGGAAUAAGUAAAAGUCUUUUAACACCAUGCCGUAGAGUGGGUCUAUCUAGGAAAAGAAAAACACCAAGUAGUAGUACAAAAUUGUUGUCUAAUGAUUUAAAUAAUUCAAACAGUAGUCUUCUUGAACAAACUAUUUCUGAAACUACUCCCAUAAAUAAGAAAACUAAUGUUAUAAGAAAAAGUAAAGUUGUGUUCGAUAGUCACAAAGAAACAACUUUUGAAGAUUCUGAAAUUGUAAAAACAGAACAUAGGGCUAAGAAAAGUCUUAAUAAAUGUUUUAAAAAAGAAACACAUGUAGUAGAAAUAUAUAAGGAAUCGAUAGAACACAUAAAUUCAAGUAAAGAAGUUGAAAACAUAUCUAAGCAAGAACCAGUCAAUAUAGGUAAAAGUAGUGUUAGCAUUAGCAACAAAGAAUUCAAAGGUUAUGAGACUGUGUCUUUAGAUCAUCAACCAUUAUAUAAUAAUGAGAUCGAAAAAAUCAAUGGCAAUAUUUGUAAAUCUUUUAAUUCGCUGCAUGUUAAAAAUGAUUCCAUCAGUAAAGUGAAUUCUAUUUCAUGUGAAUUUAAUGACUUAGAAGAUCAAACAGUCAAUAUCGAGUAUUGCAAGGAAAAUAUUUCCGAAAAAGGUAUAAAAAGUAGCACUUUUAAAAAAGACCAUAAUGAAAUAAUUACAGAUAAAGUAAAUGAGCAAGUAAAUACUGAUGUGGGUUGUGACAUCAAGGUACAAGAGGAUCUUGCAAAAUUAAAGGCACAUGAGAAAACAAUACUUGCAGAAAAAAAUGAAUCAAAUGUCAUAAAAGACUGUAAGAUUUAUAUUCCAAAACUUAGUGAAGAAGAUAUAUCAACUUUAAGAGGCGAUCCAACGCCUAUACCAUUCUCUGAUGACGAGGAAGAAGAGAUAAUUACGGUUAAGAAAAAGAAGAAAACAAUCCUAUUAGAUGAUGAUGAGGAUGAUUUUCAUGAAGUUUCUAAAAAAAAUCACCAGAAAGCCAGUACACAGUCCCCCAAAAAAUUAAAUGAUAAAAAAUCAUCUAAAGGGAAGAAAUCAUCAAAAGAGAAAAAGAAAAUCUCGAGAAUUUCGUCAAUAGCAAGUGUGAGCACAAUUGAAGAUGAUGACGAUGCUUUUACAUCAACUCCAGAUAGAGAGAAAAAUGAAAAACAAGAUUUAAUUGUUAAAGUUAAAGCACUGGAAAAUAUUAUCAGAGACAAAAAAGCAAAAUUAGACACUUUAAGAAGAGCUUCUGUAUACAAGUCAAAACAUAAUAUUGAAGAAUUGAAAAUUAUUACUGAGAAGUGGAGGCAAGGGUGUAUUUUUGGGCUAAAUGGACUUCUAAGUCAACUGCAAACUCAUGGACCAAUCGAUAUGUCUACUCUUUUAAGGAAUUUACAAAUUCCAAAUGAAGUGAUAACUAAAGUAUUCGUUGGUGUUACGUAGAUUUAAAACAAAUGACGUGUACCUAAUAUUCUAGAACUGUAUUCUAAAAUCUCGUAUGACUGAUUUAAAAUAAAUCAAUUUCACCCCUGCUUUAAUUUAAGGAGAUGAUUACCUAUAUUCUUAGUAAGUAUUUCUAGUGGCAACAAUAUUUACAAAGCAACAUUGGAUGCACUUGAAUAAUAUGGGUAAUAUGUUUGUGUUAAAUCUAAACCAAGAAAAAAGAUAUUGAAAUUUAAUAAUAAUUAUGUACAAAUAGUCAAAAAUAAAUAAUUACUUUAUGAAUA